AAGAUAACAUUUACAUGAUGUCCCGCAAUGACCACAACGAAAGUAAGGAGAAUAUAGAUCUAUAGUGUGAAAAAGUAUCCAAAAUAAAAGUUAGUUAUUAACUUGACCUGUUAUUAUGGAGUGACAACGGUAGUUUUGGCGCUGUGUUGAACGUUAAACUCAAAAAAAUCACCGACCUGGCGUCAGGAGCUUGAUCAUUAGGCUAAGCGCAAAAUGACUCGCAGUUUCGUGAGGCGUCGCAGCGUGAGUCGCGGCGGAAUUUUGAGGAGGUUAGCUGCGAACGCGGGAACCGCGCAAAUACGAUCGCAGUACUUGCUUUUGGUUGCUAUAACGCAGUUGGUUACAAGCUCAAAAUGGAAACAGCUACUGCUCUUUUGUUUGACUUCAAUUCUGAAUCUGAUUCGGAAGAUGAGUUUGUCUCCGAAAUGUUAUUUUUUACCUCCCAACUGACCAAAAGAAAGGCAGCGAGAAGUUUAUACCUAAAAAGAAGAAAAAGUCACGGAGAAUUUGCUUUAACCAAAGAAUUUAACGACGGACAAUUUAAAAAUUAUUUUCGGCUAAACCGUGACCAGUUCAUCGAAGUGCAUGAGAUCAUCAAGAAAGAAAUUGACGCAGAAGGAUGUAACGCUACAAGGCCCAUCGGGACGGAAGAGAAACUAAGUGUAUUUCUAAGAUUCAUGGCAACAGGAAACAGUUACAAAAGUAUGGCGUACAGCUACAGAAUGGGUAUUUUAACUCCGCAGGAGCGAUACCUUGGCAGAGGGAAAGUGUUGCAAGAGGGAAAUAUUGAGAUAUGUACAGUUGAUGGUAAUUUUUUGGACAUUUUUUUCAGAAAAUUCUCUGUAGCUUUGUUAAUAAUUAUUGCAAGAUUACCCUAUUUAUAAUAAAUGAAUAAACUUACCACUUUUCAUUC